CCCCCCGUCGGGCGCCCACUCGGCGCCGAGCGGUCGGGAGGGGCGGCGGCGGGACGGAAGCGAACGACCCGGCCUCGCCCGGCCGCCGUUCGUCGACCGUGAGUCGGGAGGCCGUCGAGGAGCAGGAGGAGCAGGAGGAGGAGGCCCCGGAGGCGGCAGGAGCCGGAGCCGGAGCCGGAGCCGGAGCCGGAGCCGGAGCCGGUCGCGGCGAGGGUCCCCGGGGACCGGCAGCACCAUGGACAGCUCAGGCGCGUCGUCUCCGGACGUGGAGUCCAACUCCGGAGGGGGUCUGCUGGACAUGGUCAAAGGAGGUGCCGGGCGGCUCUUCAGCAACCUGAAGGACAACCUCAAAGACACCAUCAAGGACACGUCUUCCAAAGUGAUGCAGUCCGUCGCCAGCUACGCCAAGGGAGAGCCGGACGUUUCCUACGUUACCUCGAGAAUCAUCGUGAUGUCCUUCCCCGCCGAAGGAGCGGAACUCGGAUUCCGGAAUCAGAUCGAGGACGUCCGGACGUUCCUGGACUCCCGGCACCCGGACCGCUACACGGUCUUCAACCUGUCGCCCAAGUCGUAUCGCGGCGCCAAGUUUCACAACCGGGUGUCGGAGUGCAGUUGGCCCGCGAGGCAGGCCCCCAGCCUCCACAAUCUGUACGCGGUGUGCAAGAACAUGCAGAACUGGCUCCAGCAGAACCCCAAAAACGUCUGUGUCAUCCACUGCCUGGAUGGCUGUGCGGCCUCGGCGGUCCUGGUCGGCGCCAUGUUUUGCUUCUGCCACCUCUUCUCCGGUCCCGCCCCCGCCCUCCGGCUGCUCGACGCCAAGCGGCCGGGGAUCGCACUGUGGCCUUCGCACAGGAGGUACCUCGGCUACAUCUGCGACCUGGUGGCCGACAGGCCCGUCCACCCGCACUGCAAGCCCCUCACGGUCAAGUCCAUCACGCUCAGCCCCGUCCCCUGCUUCAACAAGCAGAGGAACGGCUGCCGGCCGUUCUGCGACGUCCUCGUCGGGGAGACCAAGAUCUUCACCACCUCCCUGGACUACGAGAGGACGAGGGAAUUUCGGGUCCAGGAGGGGAAGGUGGUCCUCCCGCUGGGGGUCACCGCCCACGGAGACGUCGUGGUGUCCGUCUACCACACGCGGUCCACCAUCGGGGGACGGCUCCAGGCGAAGGUGACGAACACCCAGAUGCUCCAGAUUCAGUUUCACAGCGGAUUCGUACCGCCCGGCACCACGGUCAUGAAGUUCACCAAGCCCGAGCUGGACGCGUGCGAUUCUCCGGAAAAAUACCCGCAGCUGUUCCACGUGCUGCUGGAGGUGGAGAUCGAACCGGGCGAACGGCAGACGGACCUGACUCCCCCGUGGGAGAACUUCUCCGCCAAAGACGUCGAUCCCGGCAUCCUCUUCUCCUCCCACCGGGAGCAGCGAGACGCGCUCGCGUCGGGAGGCAGGGCGUCGGCCGACGUCUCUCGGGACGACCUCGGGACCGCCGGGCGGGGAGCCUUCUUCUCCUCUCUCAGUCGGCGAGACCAGAGAGCCGACAAGACGGGCGGCCGCUCGGGCUCGGAGGAGCGGGAGGCCCUCGUGCACCAGGAGAGCGAGCAGUCCGACGACGAGCUCCUGUCGCUGUCCGGCCGGCGCAGCGACGCCGGCGCCGACCGGCCCCGCGGGACCCCCGGGCGCGGCGAGAGGCCGCGGGAGCCCCCCGCCCCCGCCCCGCCCCCGCCCCCGCCCCCGCCCGAGGAGGUCGACCUCCUGGGACUCGCCGGGAGCCCCGUGAGCAAGGGCUUCCCCGGCCCGGCCCCCCGCCCCCCGACCGACUCGGCCCUGCUGCGCGACCUGUUCGGGGGCGGCGCGGCCCGGGCGGGCGGCCCCGGGGGGCGGCCGGCCGCGGACGACGUGUUCCGGGCCGGCGGCUCCGCCUCGGCCCGCUCCACCCCGCGGCGCUCGGCGGCCUCCUCGACCCCGUCCCCCCGGGCGGCAGAAGCCGCUCCCUUCGACCCGUUCGGGGAUCCCGAGCCCCCGGGGCCAGACUUGCUGGGCUCCUUCCUGGGGCCUCCCGAUGCCACCGGCGACCCUUUCCUUCAGGCGAUCGGGAGUCCCUCGCCGACGGUCCGCGGCGACCCCUUCGACCUGGGCGGUUUCGGGACGGGCAGCGGGUCAGCUGCCACGAGCCCCACCGGCUCCGUACACGGCACCCCGACCCACCGGUCCAAACCGCAGACGUCGGACCCCUUCGCCGACCUGGGGGCCCUCGGGGCCAACCUGGCAGGGAGCUCGUCGUCGUCCGCCGGCAAGCCCGCCACGCCCACGGGGCUGGGAGGGGGCUUCCCCCCGGCCAGCUCUCCCCAGAAGCCCUCGCCCCAGCCGACGGGCGGCGGGUGGCGACCGGGGACCGGCUACCCCCGGCCGCGGGCCCCGCCCGGACCGCGGCCCGGCGCGCCUCGCCCCUCGCCCCGGAACCGGCCCAACUACAACGUCAGCUUCUCCGCCGCACCCGGCGGCCCCGGUGACCGAGGGAAGGGAGGGGCCGGUUUGGAGGGAAGGUCCAGAGCGGCCGACUUCGAAGACCUGCUGUCGGGCCAGGGCUUCAACGCUCACAGAGACAGGAAGGGGCCCAGGACCAUCGCCGAGAUGAGGAAGGAGGAGAUGGCCAAGGAGAUGGACCCCGAGAAGCUGAAGAUCCUGGAGUGGAUCGAAGGGAAGGAGCGGAACAUCAGGGCCCUGCUGUCCACCGUGCACACGGCGCUGUGGGCCGGGGAGACCAGAUGGAAGCCCGUGGGGAUGGCCGAUCUGGUCACCCCGGAGCAGGUGAAGAAGGUCUACAGGAGGGCCGUGCUGGUGGUGCACCCGGACAAGGCUACCGGUCAGCCUUACGAACAGUACGCAAAGAUGAUUUUCAUGGAGCUAAAUGACGCCUGGUCAGAAUUUGAAAAUCAAGGCCAAAAGCCCCUGUACUGACCUCCCCGACUUUCCGUCUCCGCCGCGGACCCGUGCUGACGCGCGUUGCCCUCGUCCACGCUUCUGAGAUUUUCACCAACGAAACCCAAAUCCCGGUACGACGUUUCCGGCUCUCAACGGGAGAGCCGACCACCCUCGAGUGAAAUUCCUCACGGACGGAGACCGGGGACGUCCGUCGGGGUGUCUCCCGCUCCCCCCCCCCCCCCCCCGCCCCCCCCCGGGACGUUUCCGAAGUGUCGUGGGAACUCCCGCCCCGUGACCCUGUCGCGCAGCCAGAUUCCGGGACACCGCUUUGGAAACUCCCUUCUGUCCAUCUCCUGGCGGGUGUCUGUCACCCGGAGGGAAGGAAGCUUCGGUCUCCACGAAGGUGACCCACCCCUUUCGGUCCCGGCGGAGGUGGGCAGCGAUUUUCCGCUGUUGCGUGAAAAUGGAGAAGAGUGACGGAGAGAAACGGGACCCAGGACGCGGGUGGUUUUUAGGGUGAACGGUGUGUUUUUUUUAGGUCUCCCCGACCAGCCGCCCUUCCCCCCCCGGUGUUCCGACACGCCGGAGGGACCGGAGCCGCGGAGCGAUUCCGUCGGAGGCUCGCUACCGCCCUCGUCGGAGUGCCGGUUGUUAUUUUUUCGGGCGAAGCGGAGCAGCCUCUGAGGGUGGAAAAUCGGCGGAAGGCGACCAUCCCGUGUUUGUCGCUCUGGGUAACCCGGAAAAGCCGAAAACCAGCGAGCGCGCCGGCUCGAGCAGCGAGGGGCCGCCAGCGAGGUCCGGGGCCGACCGUCCCCGGCCCCGCCCCGGGGCCGAGGCCGAACGGGAGCCCGCUCCGUGACCUUCCCCGGCCCCGAGCGGGACGGCAGCUCCGGGCCCACCCCCCGGGGUUCGGAUUCUUCGUCCCUCCGGCCAGAGGGCCCUUCCCGUCGGCUGGUCGCGGCGGGCUCCGCCUAGGGCGUCCGAAGCCCCUCCGGAGCGACGGUGGGAAAGACGGAGCCAGGGGCAGCGCGAUCGGGUCACGGAGCUUCGGCGCGCUCCCUCCGUGGCGCUUGGAAAAGGGAAGCCGGGAUUUCAGUUCACCGGUCGGGGGGUGGGGGCGGCGUGAGAGGGAGAGAAACGGAGUGAGGGGGUUGUGACCGGGCCCACGGAGCUACAGCGUGAUCACUCUGUGGCCCUUUGCUGAAAAGGGGACCGGGAUUCAGAUUCACUAGUGGGUGCGCGCGUGUGUGCGAGAGAGAGAAGUGGAGCGAGGGGAUUGCGAUCGGGCCCACGGAGCUGCGGCGUGGUCACUCUGUGGCACUUUGCGGGAUUCAGAUUCCCUGGUAGGGGCUGGGGGUGUGUGCGUGAGAGAGAGGUGGGGGGAGAGGGAGAGAGAGAAAUGGACCGAGGGGAUUGUGAUCGGGCCCACGGAACUACAGCGGGCUCACUCUGUGGCGCUUUGCUGAAAAGGGAACCGGGAUUCAGAUUCAUUAGUGGGGGUGGAGUGUGUGUGUGUGUGUGUGUGAGAGAGAGAGAGAGAGAGGAAUGGAGCGAGGGGAUUGCGAUAGGGUCCACAGAACUACAGCGUGGUCACCCUGUGGCACUUUGCGGGAUUCAGAUUCACUGGUAGGGGCUGGGGGGGGUGUGUGUGUGCGUGAGGGAGAGAGAGAAAUGGAGCGAGGGGAUUGCGAUCGGGCCCACGGGACUACAGUGUGGUCGCUUGGUGGUGCUUUGCUGAAAAGGGAACCACGAUUCAGAUUUACUAGUGCGGGGGCGGGGGGGGGAGGUGAGAGAGAGAGAGAGAUGGAGCGAGGGGCUCGUGAUGGGGCCCACAAAGCUACAGCGUGGAUGCUGAAAAGGGAACCGGGGUUCCAAUUCGGGAAUCGAACCGAGGGAAGAGAGAGAGCCGUCGUCGGAGGCCUCUGAGUGACUCCGUCCAGGGUCGUGAGCGUGAAAGAGCGGGGAGCGCCAAGCACCGGCAGUGAGUUAGGGAGUCGUGAGAGGAAGCCCUCCCGCGUGUACGCGCCCACGCCCGCCAACCCAAACCGCGUCGACCGCCCUCCUCCCCCGACCGGGAACCUUCGGUUCCGGUGCGGCGCUCCAGCCGUUUCCCCGUCCCGGAGGGUCGUCUGCCGCCGGCUUGGCCGGCGCGAUGGGCCCGGGUCCCCCGCCCGUCCGCGACUCCCGACGGGGCCGGUCCGUGCGGAGAUAGCCGGGACGCCCUCCUUGCCCCCGAAGGGCGGGCCCCUGCCCUGGUGUUGUGAAAAUCUCUCUCAAGUCGGCGUCUUUAAAGACAGUCGUUGCGGUUUAUAUCCCCUUUCCAGUUCCCUAGUGGCCACCUUUAUCGGAAAAGCGGCAUGUGAGAAAUGCGUUGUGUUCCGUAGAGACCUCUUUUUUUUUUUUUUUUGAAUCGGUCGAUGCACUGCUCUCUUAUUUAUUACCGUUUACUGACAAUGUGAAAUUGGCAGAAAAAUGUGGUUUUUUUGGGGGGGGGGGCGGUUUAUUUAUUUCUGUUCGGGCUUAAAGUGUUCGAGGUAUCUAUAACCAACUGGAUGUUAUUUAUUAACAUGUCACGAAAUAACGUUUUGAUGCAGUACGUGCCUGUCUUAUUUCUAAGUGGGACGUGGGUCGUGUUCCGGUGAUUUGUUUUUCCCAUUCCCAGCUGUAGAUGUUGUGCGAACCCCACCUAAUAUAAUAAAAGACCCUCCCGGGGGGUUGGAACGUCCACCCGGAAAGCUACCACUCCUUUCAGUUACGUGUCGCGUUCGGGAUCGUCCGUUCACGUCCGCGACCGAAAAGCCACCGUUAGACCUCACGUGAUGGCGGCAGAGCGUCGCACCUAAGUGGGAGAGUUUGGGGUUCGCCCCCCGCCCCCCCCCCCCCCGAGUCGGUUUCUGCGACGCGUCGGGGGCCCGUCGGACCCCCGGCUCGUCAUCCCGAAACCCGGCCCCCCAGACCCGCGCCGUCCGGCCUUCCUUCUACGUGUCUGGUAGCGACAGAGCUUGUUGUUGAGCGGGGGUGAUGGUUUCGCUGAAAUUCUUGUAAUGUAUAGUGUUUCUCUUUUUGUAAACAUGCUCUAGACAGAACGUGACCGGUCUAAAACAUUUGUAAAAGACAUAUUAAAAGACUCAAAUAAUCUUUAUCUGAA